GGAAAGCAUUCUACCGCAAUGACCUAGCUAGCCAGUUACAUAGACCGCAAACGUUUGAUAGAAGCUAAGAGUUUGAAUCGACUAUACCAAAUUUUGGUAAUUGGAUGCAAUGAAACACAGAUACAUUUUCUGAUGGAUUGAUUCAGUUGGAACAAUGAUGUUUGUGGUUACAAGAACACCACAGGCUAUACUGCCCCCAAAAGAUCGUGAGACAUGACUUUUAGAUGUGUUCCGGAUACCUGUGUGUUUUCUCUAAACAGGGCUGUUCACUUGUGGCACACACAAGGCCAGAGGCCCCUGACCAUUGCAAUUUCCCCUGCUCUAAACCCAUUUCAUAGGCCUCAUGCAAAAUGCCACUUUGGUCACAGAGCUAGUCGCCUCAGCUGGAAGCACACCCAGAUCCUGAAAAGCCGAGUACGCAAGGGAUGGCUUUGCAAAGCUAGCUCUCUCAGACAGAGAUUUGGUCUGUACCCCAGCUUCACCCACUUCAGCACAUCCGGGUUCAGCGGAUCCGCCGAUCUGAGUCACCGCAUGUCACGUAUAAAGACCACUUUGGAGUCGGUCUCAAAGGCAGUGAGCGGGACCCAGUCGGACCUCCUUGCCAAGAUAGCACGGCUCAAACCGGCCCAAGAGGUACCGGUGGUGGAGAAGGGUAGCGUAGCAUCUGCCCCCACUCCCUCUGUCCCUCCACCCUCCACUGCUGUUCCCCCUCAACCGACUGUCACAGUUGCUGCUGCAAUUGACCACAAAGAGGAGGAGAAGAGGCCAAGGCCUCCUGGAGAUUCACCUGCUCAAGCUUACGGAACUAACAGGCCUCCUCAUCGCAAUACAGUCAUCAGCUCCAAGAGCAAGGUUGCCCCUAAACCAGCCACUCCACUUUUUCAUCCUGGAACAUUUGCGGUCAACUUGGAUGAUACCUACAACUAUUUAGCUCAUCAUAUCAACACAUACUUUGGUAGCACCACAAAGGGAGCAACAGACCCUGGAGGAAAGCAGCUUCAACUUGGAGAUGGCCUUCACCAACCUACUACUGAGGACGCAGACCAAAACAGGGACCACACACCAUCAUCUCCCACCCAGAUCAAUCCUGCCUCUCCAAGCACCCCGCCAUCGCCCAAGAAAGGCCUAAGCCACUACCUGUCCUAUUCAGCACCCACGGUUCAAGCCUUUGUGGGGAAUUACAUUGCCCCCCUUGUCCCUAAGUUUCGCACAGAGGCGAAAGCUGUCGAAGCUGAGAAGGACGUUUCCACAAAAGAUGAUGAUGUUAACGAGAAGAAAGUGGUUGAGAACAAGGAACAGAAGGCUGCCGAAGAAAAGGCCAAAAGGCUUCUCUUGCAGAGAGAGAGGAUCAUUGCAAGGGUGAGUGUGGACAAUCGGACCCGAGCACUAGUUCGAGCUUUGCACCGAGCAACUGAUGUACGGAUCUACAUCAGCCGGGUGGAGGACCUCAACUACCACCUGAUGGAGUUCCCAGAGACAAGAGUAGUGGCAGUUAAGGAGAAGGCCAUCCCAUGCUUGCUGCGCCUCCGUCAGGCCACAGACCCCGCCCUGCAGGCAGCGGUCAGGCAGGCCCUGGCUCUGGUUGGCUACAUCGACCCGGUGAAAGGGCGGGGCAUACGGGUGCUGUCCAUCGAUGGAGGGGGCACAAGGGGGCUCAUUGCCCUGCAGACGUUACUCCGACUGGAAGCCCUCACAGGAAAACCCAUUUACCAGCUGUUUGAUUACAUCUGUGGUGUCAGCACAGGUGCUAUCCUGGGCUUUUUGCUGGCUGUGGUUCGGAUGCCACUGAGCGAAUGUGAAGAACUCUACAGAAAGCUGGGUUCUGAUGUCUUCAAACAGAAUGUCAUAGUAGGAACAGGGAAGAUGGUCUGGAGCCAUGCGUUCUAUGACAGUCAGAUCUGGGAGAACAUUCUCAAAGAAAAAUUGGGUUUGGAUCUCAUGGUGGAAACUGCAAGGAACCCUGACUGCCCAAAGUUGUCAGCAGUGAGCACCGUGGUUAAUCGUGGGACCCCCCUGAAGGCUUAUGUGUUCCGGAACUACAGCAUGCCCCCAGGUGUCCGCUCCCACUACCGAGGGGGCUGCCAGUACAAGCUGUGGCAGGCGAUCCGUGCCUCAUCGGCUGCACCGGGCUACUUCCAGGAGUUCGGCCUGGGUGGUGACCUACAUCAGGACGGAGGGCUGCUGAUCAAUAACCCCACCGCGCUGGCCAUCCACGAGUGCAGGUGCCUCUGGCCCAAGACCCCGCUGCAGUGUGUCGUCUCCCUGGGCACCGGGCGCUUCGAGACGGUGGGCAAGAACAACGCCACCCACACCAGCCUCAAGACCAAGCUCACCAACAUCAUCAGCAGCGCCACCGACACCGAAGAGGUGCACACCAUGCUGGACGAGCUGCUGCCGGCCAACACCUACUUCCGCUUCAACCCGCACAUGCCCGAGGAGAUCAGCCUCGACGAGAGCCGGCAGGAGAAGCUCAGCCUGCUGCAGGCCGAGGGCCUGCGCUACCUGGAGCGGAACGAGGAGAAGCUCCGCAAGGCCGCCCGCUUCCUCACGCGGGACAAGAGCCCCGCGCAGCGCCUGGGCGACUGGGCCAAGCUCAAGGUGGACAUGUACGACUACGUGCCCUUCUCCAGACUCUAGAACCUUCUCUCGGCCGUUUUAACUCCACCACAAAUCAUCACCUCCAGCCAUAAUCACCCUGCACCGAGCAUGAUAACCCACACACUCUAAAGUCACCGUAGUCUAAGCUGAAAUCUAGCAUUAAUAGGAUGUAACGCAUGCCAUCGUUAUGUUGGCUACACUGUGCUGAGCUAAAAAACACAGGUCUCCUGGACCCUCUACAAAGACUCUUAAAGGUGCAGUGCAAAGCUAUCUUUACCUUAGCAGGUAGUGUAUUUAUGUAUUCAUUAUUUCAACUCGAGUGAGUUGCUAGCUAAUUGAACACGAGGAGCUUUGGCGUCCUCAUUACUGUGUCCGAGUGCUACAAUCCCACCUGGGGGAUGGGAAGGGGAGGGGAGGGGAGGGGGUGUGCUGCAGAUAUGGACGGACUUGAAUUUCAAAGGCAGCUGCAGAAGAGGCGGCUGCAGCAGCUUCACUGACUGCACAUGUUCCACUGAGGUGCUCCUUGAACUGAACAUAGAUGUCGUGGUAACAACUGUAUCGAGGUACUGUCAAGAGUAAGUGCCAAGUAAGCACUUAUUUUUUUAAAGCAUUCUGAUUUGAAGUACAUAACCACAACCACUUUAACCUCAGCUCAUAUUUAUUCAUCAUUUGAUUUUAGAGUAUGAAAAAAGGAAUAGCUGCAGAUGGUUGUUUUAGAUGAUAAUGCGUGUCACAAUAUUUACUUGAACACUGUCAGUUAUAUCUACAGGAUUUGAGGGUAAGGAAAGUCGUAUUAGCUUUAGGAUGACAUGAUUUUACUUGAUUGCGUCUGAGGAUACAUGUUAGGUGUAGAUCCCAGAAUUGUAGACUUGACUUGUAGAAUCUCUCUAAAUCCUUUGGCUCAACCAAAGAUGAUGGAAUGUGGUGCUUACAGUUAAAGGCAAAGCUGUAAAUGUUGGACUCGUUUGAUAAUUUAUUUAGGCAACAUAACGUGGAUUUAAUGAUCUGAUAGCGAUACACUGUCAAAGUGGAUGAGAUUUAACUGCUCAAGGAAUCUCCACAUGCAAUAUGUGCAUGCAUUUCUUUUAGCAGAAGAAACAGAAGUGUAGGUGGCAAAUCGUGAUAAAAGACUGUUCUGAGUUGACCCUUUGCUACAUUUGCUGUAUGUGGUUGCCUGUUUUUGAUUUGUGCAGUUCAGAUAAUAUUGAACAAUGAUCGGACUACAACACAGGGACUGCUGUGUACACCCACAGUAUUGAAAAUGUGUGUAUAUAGAGAAGAUAUGAUGCAGUGAUUCCAUUAGUAGUAUUCACAGUGUUCAUUGACUGCGUUAAUCAUAGGAAUGAUAGUUUCAAAGUCAAGUUGUGAUCAUUUGCAGAUAUUUAUUGUUAGUGCUUCUUGUAGCCUAGAUUUCUUAGCAAAAGUUAGUUCCUGCUUUCCUGACUACAAAUUUUUGGAUGUUUUGGUUUUGGGUGCAAUAAAUUUGAAUAGAGAAUUCACUGUAGAUAACUCUUAGGGAACAUUUAAGCAAGCACUUUUAUCCAGUGACACCUCUUGUGCCCAGAUUCUCAACCUUACCCAGUCGUGAAGUGCGUCUUUGUGUGUCCACAGGCCUCUGAACUUUGACUGGGGUAUAUGCUGCUACCUAUUGGUUUUUGGUUUAUCAAGAACUGUCAGGGACUGUAGCUACUAAAGACUUUUAUGGAGUAAAAAAUAAUAAUGCACAAAAGGUUGAUGUUUUAACUAAGGACAAAGUACAUAUUCUGCUGUUCUUGUAAUGAUCUUGUUGGACUGAAAGCAAUAUGAUGGUGAUAAUCAUUAAAGGUUUGUUUUUAGUUUUGCCAGCCAGAUUGAUUUUCCAUGCCCUUCAACCUGCCAUGUGAAGAGUGUGUAUCCAUUAAAAUUUUACCUUUGA